UUGACUGCACUUAGUCGUUGCUGUUGUUGAGUUGCCUCCGCAUGCUAACAAAUGAAUGGGAACAAUUAGAUCCUAGGCUAGUCGCUACCUUUAAUGUGGUAAAAUGGUAAAAAAUCCUCUUUAUUGUGCAGUCCACGGACUAACUUUCGUUCCAGAUGGAUAGAAGAGUCUAAAUAUAUGUUCUAAUAAAAAGAGAUAGCCAGUGAAUUGAUGGAGAUGUGAGGAACAUACCCAUUUGUCUUCUUGUGCAUUUCCAGUGUGACAACGCCAAGGGGCUGAGGGCCUUCUUUGAUGCCAUAUGCUACGGUCCCAAACACCUGAUGAUCUUCGGCGGUGUCUGCCCCUCCGUGACCUCCAUCAUAGCAGAGUCCUUGGAGGGUUGGAAUCUGGUGCAGCUGUCCUUUGCAGCAACAACUCCAGUUCUGGCAGACAAGAAAAAGUACCCCAACUUCUUCCGCACAGUCCCAUCAGACAAUGCCGUGAACCCAGCAGUUGUGAAAUUCCUCAACUACUACAACUGGAGCCGUGUUGGGACCCUCACCCAGGAUGUGCAGAGGUUCUCGGAGGUGAGGAAUGAUCUAACUAGUGAGCUGGAGAAAGCAGACAUUCAGAUUGCAGAUACAGAAAGUUUCUCCAACGACCCCUGCGUCAAUGUCAAGAAGCUCAAGGACAACGAUGUGAGAAUCAUCAUUGGCCAGUUUGACGAGAACCUGGCAUCCAAAGUCUUCUGCUGCGCAUAUAACCUGAACAUGUUUGGCAGUAAAUACCAGUGGAUUAUCCCCGGCUGGUAUCAGGGCAACUGGUGGGAGCAGGCCAACAGCACCAACUGCACCACCAAGAAGCUGCUCACAGCCAUGGAGGGAUACAUCAGUGUGGACUUUGAGCCGCUCAGCGCUCGCCAGGUCAAGGGCAUCUCUGGCAGGACCCCUAAGGAUUAUGAGAGGGAGUACAGCCGAGAGCUUCAGCAGAAAGGUGUGGAGGCCAGCAAGUUUCACGGCUUUGCCUACGAUGGGAUCUGGGUCAUUGCUAAAACCCUGACUCGAGUGAUGGAACUGCUUCGGGUAAAACAACGGCAGAACACCUUCAACAACUUCACCGUGGAUGACCGCGAAGUGGGAAAAAUGGUGCUGGACGUGAUGAACGAGACCAACUUCUUUGGUGUUACAGGUCAAGUCAUGUUUCGGAACGGAGAGAGGAUGGGCACAAUAAAAUUCAACCAGUUUCAAGGGGGCCAUGAGGUGAAGGUAGGAGAGUACAACGCGAUUGCUGAUGUGCUUGAUCUCAUCAACAACAGCAUAAAGUUCCAAGGCGUGGAGCCUCCCAAGGAUCGUACAUUUGUGCGUCUGCAGCGGCGCCACAUCAACGUGCCCCUCUACAGCAUCCUGUCCACCAUCACCAUAUUGGGCAUGCUCAUGGCAGGGGCCUUCCUGUUCUUCAACAUCAAGAACCGCAACCACAGACUAAUCAAGAUGUCCAGUCCCUACAUGAACAACCUAAUCAUCCUAGGAGGCCUGCUCUCCUAUGCCUCGAUCUUCCUGUUUGGCCUGGAUGGAGGUUUUGUAACUGACAAAGAGUUUGAAACCCUCUGCACUGUUCGGACAUGGAUCCUCAUUGUUGGAUACACAACAGCUUUUGGUGCCAUGUUUGCCAAGACCUGGAGGGUGCACGCCAUCUUUAAAAAUGUCAAGAUGAAGAAGAAGAUCAUAAAGGACCAGAAGUUGUUGAUCAUCGUUGGCGGGAUGCUGCUAAUCGACUUGUGCAUCCUCAUUUGCUGGCAGGUUGUGGACCCGCUUAAGAGGACUGUGGAAGAGUACAGCUUGGAGGCGGACCCCCAAGGCAGAGACAUAGCCAUCCGUCCCUUCUUGGAGCACUGUGAGAACACCCACAUGACCAUUUGGCUGGGCAUCGUUUAUGCCUACAAGGGACUGCUAAUGUUGUUUGGCUGUUUCUUGGCAUGGGAGACCAGGAACGUGAGCAUCCCUGCUCUCAAUGACAGCAAAUACAUCGGGAUGAGUGUUUACAACGUGGGCAUCAUGUGCAUCAUCGGUGCUGCAGUGUCUUUUCUGACAAGAGACCAGCCCAAUGUCCAGUUCUGCAUUGUGGCACUGGUGAUCAUCUUUUGCAGCACCAUCACACUCUGUCUGGUCUUCGUUCCCAAGUUCAUCACCAUGAGAACCAACCCAGACGCAGCCACCCAGAACCGGAGGUUAAAGUUCACCCAGAACCAGAAGAAGGAAGACUCCAAGACCUCCACCUCAGUCACCAGUGUCAAUCAGGCUAACACUUCGCGACUGGAUGGGCUUCAAACUGAUAACCACCGUCUCCGCAUGAGGAUAACGGAGCUGGACAAGGAGCUGGAAGAAGUGACCAUGCAGCUGCAGGACACCCCAGAGAAAACUCCCUACAUCAAACAGAACCAUUACCCGGAUGCCAACAACAUUCUCAGCAUACGCAACUUCACAGACGGCAAAGAUGGAGAGAAGUCAAUACUGAAGAACCACCUUGAACAGAAGCCUCAGGCGCAGUGGGGCUCCAUGGAUCCUUCCAGAAUUAACAGAGGUCCCCUGGAGGAUAUCAACUCACCCGAACACAUACAGCGUCGACUGUCCUUGCAGCUGCCCAUCCUGCACCAUGCCUACUUACCUUCCAUAGGAGGGGUUGAUGCCAGCUGCACCAGCCCCAACGGCAGCCCUGGUUCCAGCCCACGGCACAGACACAUGCCCCCUUCCUACCGGGUAAUGGUCUCUGGCCUUGACUGGCUACCGGAAACGUGGAAUUUACAAGACCCAACAAAGGAAAUCUUCCACUUUACUCCCCGUUACUUCCCAUUCUUGUGGAGACAUGUAAAUAUCAUAAUUUCUGACUUUGAUGUACUGUACGCUUUGUAUAUUCUGUGAAUGGACAAUUAAAGGGUUUCUAAGUGUAGAGCUUGUAACAGAGGCAGGAAAUCGUGACAUGGCACCCUACAAAGAAUUAGAAAUAUGUAUGAAAGAUAGCGGAAUUGGCUAACCUGGAGAAAGACACACAUGGCUCUUUUUUCCACUUGCUUUUCCACUGCUAAAUUUGCACCUUUGGAUCUUAUCAGAGAUUUCACAUUAGACUUUGCAUAGGCCUUUCAUAAUUUACAACUUGCUUGAUAUGUCCUCAGAAAGCAUGUUAUACAGAAUAUUGAUGCUAUGCCUUUUAUCAGGUCUCCAAGGCUGCAUACGUUAUAAAAAAUAGAGCUAAAAGGCACUACAAGAGUGUUCCACAGUUGUUAUUUAUGUGUGUUAUAUGCCAAGAAAUGCACACAUUCAGAUGUACACUUAAAACACAAGAGAGCACCUUAUGAAAUUAGGUGCUUUUCAGACAUGGCAUUAGUGACGGCCUGGUCAUAUCGAUCUCCACAGAGUGGUCUCCACAGACUGUUAAGCUGUCCAUCUGUUCUAGCCCUCACAGCUAACCAGCACAGACACGGGCGAUCGGGUUCAUGUCAAUGGCAAAAGGGCACAAUGACUUCUUUGGAAGAAAUAACAUGAAGAGGUGAUGCUGGAAAGGAUGUAGGUCUACUAGUUCCACAGCUAGUUUGGAUUAAACGGUUGACCUGAAUUUCCACAAGAGGUAGUAAAGACAAUGGAGACACGGGAGCCUGGUGUAAUAAGCCCCAACCAGCUGUAGCUUUCAGUUCCACAACGUGAUGACACUACUGCUGGUCACAGUGAUAGAGCAUAAAGCACAGACACAGGGCUUUCUGUCAUAUUGAGUGUCAAGAAAAAUCACUCCACACUUAGCAACAGUGAACAUACCUCAGUUGCUAUGGAAAUGUAAUUCAGUGCUGUUGAACUCGGCCCAAGAAGGCUGCACUGAGCAAAACGGCCAUCAACUCAGUGUCGUCCUUUUUUUUUCUUUUUUUGAAACUGUCCUCAUGCAGGAGAAAAGCAAACAGGGACUCCGGACAAAAAAAAAAGACUUUUUAUGGAGUGUGAGAAGGUUUGUUCUUAGCAUAUGUUUCACCAUUGGUGUCUUGGUUUUUAGUUUCUAAGGCGUUUGUUGAACGCUGUGCCUGUUGUCUUAUAUUGUAGCCUGCAGGACCCACAGUACAUAAAUAAGGUGAAAUUGGCGCUGAUCCAGCAAACUACAACAUUGGCCACACAUCUGUAAAUUGAACUACGUGUCAUAGAUUUAUUUAAAUUGAAUGCCUCAAUGCAUGGGACAGUUUUGGAGAACUUGGUGAAAGCUCCCCUUCAGCUGGAGUAGAUUUGCUCUGCAAGCUGAUGUCUGAUCAUAAACACUGUCUUUAGUUGAAAGGCCAGUCAAUGGAUACAGAGUUUGAGAGUUGGAGACAAGCUAGCAGAGAUCCACCUGCUAUUGGACAUAUCAGGGUGACUUCCCGUGAGAGCUCCUCCCCUUCCAGCCCCUGCUGAGCACAGGAGCAGGGAAACCCGAGCACACAACCUCCAAGGAGUCACGGCUUCUCCCGCACCUUUGCCAACCAGAGAAUCAUGUGAGUGAGAGACAUUGCCAGAGGGUUCAUUCUUCCUUCAGGAGAAGAGAAACCAACUGCACAUUUUAUAUAAUACAUUAUAUGUGAUUGUGUACAAUUUGCUGAUACCCCAAUGAUGGUGUCCAUGUAUGGAAUACUUGGUAUUUGGCUUUCUCAAGACGGCAUGAAAUGAAAUGUAUACUUCACAGUUACCUCUGUUUUUGCAGCUGUUGUGACAAAUCCACUCUGUUGUUUCAUCCUCUCACCUACAAUUGGAUUUGACGUUCUUUUAACCUGUUGAUCAGCUCACACAUGUCAAUGCCAAGAUUCUCAGUGGACAAACUCAACAUCACAUUGAGAAUGCUACUGGUUUAGCAGUUAUUCACUGAGGGCAAUAAAGUGAAAGUAGUAGCAAACGAUCAAUCCUAAUAACCCACUCCUGGCAUUUCCCAAAUUACAAAAUUUUUUUUUUUUUUUUUUUUUUGUCCAUCUAAAAUGCCAAAUGCAGAUCAUCAGCUUUUAUUUUUAAUGUGCCCUGAUUUCUUUUUCUUAUAUUAAGAUUCAUUUCAGGUUUUUUUUCAACAUGGAUGAAAAAAUUGUUAAAAUGCAAAUUGUGGUAGGUCAAGGGCUCAUAAUUUCCUGUAAUAAAUAAAGUCACGUCGAUGGUUUGUAUUUGCCACAGGUCUUUUUACCUUUUCAGUUUGCAGAUCAAAGUGACAUAUACGUAUAUAAUUAUAUCUUUGUAUGUGUCAUCAGGGUUUCUGGAGAACACGGAACGUACAUGUCCAAAAAUAUAACAAUAUGACGUAUAUAUUUAGUGGAAAAACACACAGGUCCAUACUGUUACUGUUUUGUCAGUAUGAUAUGUGGUAUCACAUGAAGUUAAGUUCAAUUAAGAGUUUAUUAACGGAAAACAAAAACCUACGUUAAAUGCAACAUGUUCAAGAGGGGCAAUAACUUGUUUUCUUAUUACAAAAAGAAUGGAGAACACUAUAUAUAUAUAUAUAUAUAUAUGUAAAAGAUCCUUACGUACAUUCUCAUUUUUACAUAGGAAAGAUUUCACGACUACGCCACAAGGAUACUUGGAAUUCUUUUUUUUUUUAUUUAAAGUAUCUGUAACUAUGUUAUGUACAGAUGAGGUAUAGAUAUGAAAAAGUUGUAUAAAAUAAGUAUCACACUUGGAACACCUGAACAUUUUUGGAGCCAUUAGUUGUUAUGGGGGGAUUUGAAUAACAUUCUUCUUUUAUUGUCUGAAUGUUAUGGACAGCCUUUACUUUUCACAUCAUCAUCAUUAAAUAAAGUGAGACUGAAAAUAA